GGGCGAGGGGCGAGGCUCCCUGCAGCCGGAGAAAACCUGUUUGUUCUUGGGCGGGCGGAGCCCAGUCUGUGCCACCUCGUUUCCAGGCGCGCUCUUCGCUGCGCCCCUCGCCCACCAACACAGCUCGGUAGGGUCCAGCACUGCCCACCCGAGGGAGCCCGCGCACCACGCCCGCCCGACUCGCCGCCCGUCCAACAAGCCAGGCACCUGUACCAGGAGCCCACUGAAUCCACUAGUAACAGAAUUGAAAAAUAAACAUCAUGAAUGUCUCAGCAUUAGGAGGUAAUGGAAAAGGGAAACCUUUGUCAUCUGGUGAAGAGGAGCGCAAUAAUGUCCUAAAACAAAUGAAAGUACGAACUACACUGAAGGGUGACAAGAGCUGGAUCAUCAAGCAUGAAGACUCAGAGGACCAUACUAUACAGCUUCACUCUGGACAAAACCAUACUACAUCCUCAUCAGUUGGAGAGGUCUCAAAUGUCAGGUCUCCAAACACAAAAGCUCCUGCUGGUUACAUCAUCCGGGGAGUGUUCACCAGAACAAUAGACAGCUCUUCUCACUACCAACAGCACCUGUCUAAGACCAAUGGAGCGCCAAGAAGUGCUUCUGAACUGCUGGGAACAGCUAAUUCUGGUCGUCCUCAUCAGUCCUCUGGUUAUAAGAUGACCACAGAAGAUUAUAAGAAGCUGGCACUGUACAAUAUCAGGAGCAGCUCCACAUCAGGGACUGAGGAGGAGGAGGUGCCCUUCAUCUCAGAUGAACAGAAAUGGCGAUCACAAGCUGCAAGUGGUGUUCUGAGGAAGACAGCCCCACGGGAGCACUCUUACGUCCUCUCAGCAGUUAAGAAGAACACUAGUAGUCCUACUCAAGAGGUGCAGGCCCCAUUUAUUGCAAAGAGGGUUGAUGUGGUUGAUGAAGAUGUGCCUCCUCAGAAAAAACAGGAGCCACCUGCUCUGGCAAGACCUGUUUCUGGCUUAAGCAGUGUGGAUGGAGGUAAAACCCAAGUGUCUCAAGCAAUUCAAAUUGAGUGCAUGCCCAGUGUACCCAGCCCCUCUGGAAGUCAGGAACCCAGCUUGAAAACUGAGGAGAUUGUCCGUUUGCAGAUCACGACCCCCAGAGCAGGACUCCACCUGGUGGCCUCAGAUCUGGAAGCCCUGAGGUCUUCCCACAAAAACAAUGAAGUAUCAUGCUCUGAAGAAUUCAAAAGAGAUUCAGCUUAUGAGGAUAAAUUUAAGAAUUGCAACACAGAUUCUGAAAGCAAAUCAGCUGCACAGUUGAAUGAUGGCAAUGAGCAACCAGGAGCCACAGAAUCCCCACCACAAGGUUUGGCUGGAGCAGGCAUUGGCACGGAGAAAAGAGGCCCCUCCGCUGAUUGUGAGAAGAAUGUGGCCCCCAAGACCAUCAAGGCCUGUCAGGAGACAGAUGGAGCUACAGAAGGUAGCCAGAGAGACCCAGCCAUGGCCACUCAAUACUCGGCAGAUCCCAGCACCCCAGAGCUGGAGAGCAGCCCUGGUGUACCCAAUCAGGUCAUCAAACUUGAGGCCUGUGUCAGCAGCACUCCAGUUGCUUGCAAGGAGAAUAAUACAGCUCCCAAGAUCAAUGAGGCCUGGCAGGAGACACCUGAGCCCCCACAAGGCUGCCAAGGAGACCGAGCUGUGGCUACUCAACAACUUGCAGAUCCCAGCACCCCAGAGCCACAGAGCAGCCCCAGCAGAUCUGAGCAGCAAACCAAACUGGGCAAUCGUACCAAGCUGAAAGGCCCUGAAAGCUCCAUGGUCACUGUUAAUGUUGCUACCAUCUCUGAACAGACUCACUUGCAUAUUCCAGCUGCCUCAAGUGAGCUGGACUUCGGCUCAACUAUCAAAGGGAUUCUCUUCGUGAAGGAGUACAUGAAUGCUAGUGAAGUGUCUUCUGGGAAGCCAGUGUUUUCACACUAUGGCAGUACCAGCAGCAUUGAAGACUCAUUGAACCUGGAGAAGAAACCCCCACAUGAAGGCACUCCACCCUCUGAGAGACCAACUGAAGGGGUCUGUACUUACUGCACCCAUGAGAUCCGAGACUGUCCAAAGAUUACCCUUGAACAUCUUGGCAUCUGCUGCCAUGAGUACUGUUUUAAGUGUGGGAUUUGCAAUAAACCAAUGGGUGAUCUCCUAGAUCAGAUCUUCAUUCACCGGGACACCAUCCACUGUGGGAAAUGCUAUGAGAAGCUCUUCUAGGAAAUGCAUUUGUGUUGGACUUAGGCUCACAAUCACUGCUGAACAGAAGCUGAUGAGCCCCAGAUACAUUUGGCUGUCUAGUUGCCCCCAAAUUGUUGGUUCUUCCCUUACAUCCUCCCCUACCUGGUUUCACUGUCCUUCUGCCCACCUUGUACUGAAAUAAUACAUCUAGUAUUGUAUCUCAAUGAUGUUAUAAUACACAUGUAUAGCCUUUUAUACCUUAGAAAUUCAAAUCCAUAUCUCAGUUGCUCCCAGGAUGAAGGACUCCACUUUGACUUCCCUAAGAUAUGUUGGCUUUCUAAUGAGUGCAGAUGACCUGGUGUGCUAGACAUGGGCACAAGUGUAGUAUCAGUGUAUGCAGACUUUUGGAGGCUUCUGAGGGACCAAACCAAAAUCUGUUGAUGAUCCCUAGUAGGGAAAUUACAGGCAUUGAAUGCUAAGGGUUGGCAACAAGGUAAUCACUGUGUGUGUGUAUGUAUUUUUAAUUUCUCAUACAAUUCUUAAAAGUUGUUUUUGAUUGAAUUAUGUAGCAGAUUUAAAUUACUUCCUCCCAUUCUCCUUUGAGUUUUUCCAGUAAGGUAUUUCAGUACAUAUUGGAAAGUUUGCCCAGGAUUAAAUUUGAAAAGAUACAAUAUUAGGAGGCUUCUAACAAAAGGGAUAUCUGUGUCUGUUUGAAUUUUAAUAGCUAGUUCAAGUGUUUACCCUCAGUGUCCUGUUUCCUAGAUUUUACAUAGAAAUUCUCUGAAGUGUGUAGCUUCCAAAAGAGUAGAGAAGAAAACAGAUAAAGUUUCUUGAGACCUCACCACACACCAGGCAUUACCACAAAGCACUGGCUUUUAAUUUCUUUAGUAGUCUCUAAAAUAUUCUCAUUUUAGAAAUGAAGAUAGUAAUGCUCAGAGAAGUGGGAAGAAUCCUGUAGAACCACUACUGUCUCUCUCUGGAGCCUAUACUUUUUCCAGAAGCAAUAACCAUCAUGACACUGAGCUAGUAUUGAGCAUGUGCCAGGCACUGUGUAGAGGGUCCCUACUAUGAAAUACUGCCCUGAAGCAUACUCUUAGAAAUGGGAAAAGUGUGAAAUUCACUCCAUGUCUGGGCUUCUUGGAUCUCUCCUUGAAGCACUACAGUAAUCUAAUUGACAUCCAGUGAAUGGUGCAGUAGGCUCUCUGCCCUAAGCACACAGUGACCUAUUUUCUAGUCCUGACUCUAAUUCAAACCAACAUCAACUUCUAGGUACUCAAAGUGCUAAAAGCUGAUGUUUGCCAGAGCAGAGGCAGGUUCAUCCUUGCAGUCUGUUAAUAUGCUGCUCUAAUUCAACUUCACUUUGCUGCCUUUGGGUACAGCAUUAAAUUGUAAGCUCCUUGAAAGGAAAAAUAGCCCUCAAGAUUGGGGGAUGCAAAAUGGAGGCUUCUUCAUUUGAUUUACUUAUAAAAAUAACUCAUCUCUUUCUUUAGACUCUAAGUUCUAAGCACAUUUGAGUAUAGACUUAUUCUUCCUAUCAAGUAAUCAGAGAAGAACAUUCUAUUUAUUUGCAUAUUUAUCUGCUGUGUGUACUCUGAAGGGAAGAAGGAGUACAGUAUGCCACAUCCCCACACUAAUUACCAACUAGUCUUUCUCGAGUCCCGCUCUAGCAUGGGACUUGGCAGAUUGUAGGCAAAAACAUAUGGGUGCCAAAUGAAUUAGUAAGAGAAAAGUAAGUUACUCCUUUAGUUAGAGGUGUUACCUGGGAGUCUCAGUGCAGGCCCCAUAGAUGGGAUCCACAGUAAAGAGGCCCAAGGCAGGAUGGUUUCCCCACCUUAAAGGUGUACUUUGCCAUUAAAGGAGUUUUAGAAAUAUGGAAGAUACUCAAAGACAGGUUGUAAUGUUGGUAUUGAUUUGACUACAAAAUAGCCCUUUUGUGUCUUAAAAGAGGGAUGGUUUUGCAUUAUUUUAUUUCUUUUUAAUUGCUUAUUGUUUCUAGCUAAAUUUGCUAACCCACAUUAAUGUAUACAAAUUAUAAUAAAUGUUAAGA